AUGGAUCGUAAUAAACUUAUUGCUUAUUUGUUAUUAAGAAGACAUUAUUCUAUCUUAAAAAUACGGCAAAGAAGAUACUGGAUACAUCCAUUAAGUAAGGGUAUGAAUCCAAAUGGCGAGUUCUUUUCUAAAAAAUACGAAGCAUUAAAGAUAGACGAAAAAAAAUUUGUUGCCUACUUUAGAAUGAGUAUAUCAUCAUUUGAAGAGCUAUUAAGCGAGUUAUCAAAAUAUAUACAGAAGAAAAAAAAUAAAGGAAGAAAACCAGUUACUGCUUUGGAAAUGCUGGGCUUAACUUUAAGAUUUCUAGCAACCGGCAGUGACUUUAAAACCAUGCAUACGAAUUACUUCCGAGGAGCAAGUACAAUAGCAAAAAUUGUAAGGACAGUUUGUCGCGCCAUAUGGAAACAUCUAUCAAGUCAAAAUAUACCUCCUAUAACAAAACAGGUUCUAGAAGAUGUCGCUAUUGAGUUUGACAAGAAAGCAAAUUUUCCUAACUGCAUAGGAGCUCUUGAUGGUAAACAUGUCCGUAUUACAUGUCCUGCGCACAGUGGAUCACUGUUUUACAAUUAUAAGGGCUAUAAUUCAAUAGUUUUAUUAGCUCUUGUAGAUUCUAGAUAUAGAUUCAUUUUUGUCGAUAUAGGAGCGUAUGGCAAGGAAAGUGACUCCACCGUUUUCCAGAACUCUAAACUUUAUGAUUUGAUUAUGACACGCAAAUUACCUAUUCCUGUACCAAAGCCUUUACCAGGUUCUCAAAAUGAAACUCCAUUUGUUUUUGUAGGAGAUGAAGCAUUCUCAAUUUCGAAUAACGUCAUGCGCCCUUACUCAGGAAAACAUUUGUCGGUACAACAAAGAGUUUACAAUUAUCGACUGAGUCGUGCCCGAAGAUAUGUCGAGUGCGCUUUUGGCAUCCUAGCCAAUAAAUGGCGCAUAUUUCAUCGAUCUAUGAAUGUGCAAUACGAAUUUGCGACAGACAUUAUCAAGGCAUGUUGUGUAAUGCACAACUUUGUUUUGAAUCGAGAUGGAGUACAAGCGACCGAUGACAUUAUCUUUGAUGAUUCUGAUCUGCAAAUGUUGCAUUUGCCCACAGCAAAUGAAAAUAAUUUAAGCCCACAUCUAAUACGGAAUGAUUUUUGUAAUUACUUUUCCAGUGAUGUUGGCGCCCUAAGUUGGCAAUUAAACAAAAUAUGAAUGUUCGUAUACCUACUCAGUUCAAAAUACAAAUAAUACCUUAAUACAUUUGAUUCAAACUAUUUAACAUGUUGUGAACUGCGAAUAAACAAUUUAAAUGGCAA